CGCUGUGCUUCAAGAGGGACAUCCCAUGGCGGGCAUGCAGGCACGCGCUGUUCCGCCUGCAGGUGAGGGCGGAAGAAAACCUGCGACGACGGAGCCUUCACGGCGGUACGACCCGUCCAUGUACAACCAUCUGCCGUCGUGGGAGAUGCCGCUGCCCCCCUCAGACGAGGAGUCGGAGGGGGAUGAACUUCCAACGUUUCCUCUCGCCAGCGGGUCAACGCAGCUGUUGUCGCAAACGGUGCUCACAGGUGGGUCGGCAAGCAACGGACGCGGCGAGUACAUGACACUCCUGCAGCAGGGCUUGGGAGACGACGACGACRGGGGAGUUGAUCUCCGGUUCGGGUUAUGUUCUGGCGGCAGUAGGGAGCCGAGCCGCACGUUCAUCAUCGACGCCGAUCCUUCACCACGUGGCGUUCAACAAUCUGGUAGUCGCCAUACAGAGCAGUCCAGUCUUCGUGGCGGUGCGCCCGUUACUGACGGUGUCGGGCCAUCUGCAUUAGGCCGGCAGCAUGGAUCGAGUGCACCGUCGGCUGAUCGAUUGACAAGCACCUGUCCCGCACGCCAUGUAGUCGCAGUCGAGUCCCUGCGCAUCGGCGGUACACUUCAUUCGACGCUCAAAACCACAACGCCGGCCCAACUCGACCUCAGGGACGACGGCAUGUGCAGACCAGCGGUGCGUCCAGCACCCAGUGUGGAGAAAAUCACACGAGAAGUGUCAAACAUGAGGGCACACAGCGAAGGCGGCGACGACGAUGGUGGUGGCGGUGACGACGCCGACGAACGAUUCGGGGAGGACGUGGAGGCAGGGGACGACGAUGACGACAUUCUUAUUCGGCCUUUGGGGAAGACGCGUGGGAGGGGGAGAGGACGCAGCAGGGGUGCUGUUCGUGGUCGAUCCGUUGGCCGUGGGGGCAGAGGUGGCGUCAACGACGACGGCGGGAAGUCUGCGACGUACUGGUCCCCGAAAGAGCAAAUGCAACUAGUGAGAUGCAAGCGGGAGCAAGAGAUGCACCUCGCCGGUCUCGGUCACAAUUACGGGCGGAUGUGGACCAAGGAGUGGAAGUGGGACGACAUUGCCAAGCGCAUGGCGAAUGCAGGGAGGCCUAAAGACGCGGAGGACUGCAUGAAGAAGUGGGACAACAUCUUCCAAAACUACAAGAAGGGAAGAGGGCGGCGGCGGGCCCCAGAAGCGAAGAGGCUGCGUACGGAAGAUGUGUCAGCAGGGGUGCCUCGUCGUGGAGCGCAAGGUUGGGCGGCGGCAGCAGAAGGGGACUACGACGAUGAGUUCACGACGGAGGAGGAGCAGGCGGAGGCGACCACGUCUGAAGUACCCGAGAGCGGUCGAGGGCGCUCUUCAGAUCACACCGCUUCAAAGAGGAUGAUGACCCCGCCACCCGAGGCGCAGCAUCUGCGUGGCCGUGAAACGCGGACAGAGAAGGCUCCCGUCGUCGAUCUUGGCGGCGAUGAUGACGAGCCCUUGGAGAGACGUCGCAUUCGCAUUCGUACAACAGCGACCCCAUCGCCGGAGGUGACCGUACGCUCGCUGGAAUCCUUUGCGACGGACAUUGAGCGUGCUAUGUGGUACGGCGAGGAGUGGUGCGACGUUGUCAGUCCGGCGGUUUGCGCGCACACGAUAGAUCUGUCCAUGGACCUGCCACUGUGGUUCGCCGGCGCCAACAUCGAGGAUAGACCGAACGACGACGACAUGGUGGCGCACCAGGAGUCCACCUUCAUCUGCGUCGCGUAUGCAUUCCGCGUGGCGGUGCAAAUGGGGCCGCUCAUCGACGGCGAGUUCAUCUCGCACGAGCAUCUUUGUUGGGUGGCUGACUGCUUCAGGCUGUUGUUGGCGGCGUGCAUGUGGAUAAUGCGCACGGCGGGAGACGAUCCGCGCAGCCACUGCGAGGCUUACUACUUCGCGGACCUCGUGGCGAAGCCCACACUCGUCGUGGCCAUGCAUCGGUCCUUCGAUCAUCGACGAUCCGUCGUCCGCGCCGUGAAAGUCGUCACAGAGAGGCUUGAGAAGGCGAACGCUACGUUCGGACAGCACCCCGACUACAUCUCUCAUUGGGCACCCUCCGACAUUGGUUUCAGGCGCGACGCGAGCAUCACGGGGCCGGAGGAUGCGAAGAAGCUGGAUUGGUUGGGUUCGGGCCCCCCCGAUGAUGACAACAACAACGACGGGAAAGAUGACGCGUAGGGGGGGGGGGGGGGGGGGGGGGGGGGGGGGGGGGGGGGGGGGGUGGCGUUCGCAUGUGCAAGU